GCAAUACAGUUUUCUUUCUCAACAUGAUUUCCCUUCGAAUGUUUGACAAAUAUAGAGGACAUUAUAAAGUAUUUAAAGCAAAAGUGUUUUCAAACUGUCUGAGAAAUUAUCUCUCUUAUUCCUCGUGCAAUUCGUCAAACAUUAACGAUAGGAAGAUACCCAGUCUUUAUGAUCAUUUGUACUCAAAGAUUCUUGCUUGUGGCCCUAUUACUGUUUCUGAUUAUAUGAAAGAAGUUUUAACUCAUCCAACUGUAGGAUAUUACAUGCAUAAAGAUGUUUUUGGGAAACAGGGAGAUUUUAUAACGUCUCCAGAGAUCUCACAAAUAUUUGGAGAAAUGAUAGCAGUUUGGAUAAAGUAUGAAUGGCAAAAGAUUUCAAAGGAUCCUUUUCAACUUGUUGAACUAGGUCCAGGCAGAGGAACUCUGAUCAAUGACAUACUAAGGGUGUUUAAGCAAUUAAAAUUGCUAAAUAAUAUAUCAGUACAUUUGGUGGAAAUUAGUCCUGCUCUAUCUGGAAUUCAAGCAAAAAAGUUAUGCAAAACAAUUAAAGAGCAUGAUGUAACGAAACUAAAUGGAGCUAAUGCUUACUACAGAGAGGGUGUCACAGAAGAUGGAGUUAAAUUAUAUUGGUACUACUCUAUCAAGGAUGUGCCUAAGGCAUUUAGUAUUAUCUUAGCCCAUGAAUUUUUUGAUGCACUACCGAUUCAUAAAUUUCAGAAAACUGACAAAGGAUGGUGCGAAGUUCUGGUUGAUAUAAUUCAGGAAAGUAAAGAAGAGAAACUUUGCUACGCCCUAUCAAAUGGACCAACUCCUGCUACCUAUUACAUAUCAGAAGAUGAAAAAAGAGAGCAUGUUGAAAUCAGUCCAGAGAGUCUGGUAAUAGUGGACUAUAUAGCUGAUCUUUUAUCGGAAUUCGGUGGAUUUGCCUUCAUUUGUGAUUAUGGUCAUAACGGUGACAAAACUGACACUUUUCGUGGCUUUUUACAACAUACAGUGCAUGACCCAUUAUUAAAUCCAGGAAAAGCAGAUUUGACGGCAGACGUUGAUUUCGCAGCUAUUAGUAAAAUCGCAAAAAAGGAUGAGAGAGUACUAAUCUUUGGGCCAGUGACGCAAGCAAGGUUUUUAAGAAAUCUUGGAAUAAAUGUAAGACUAUCGAUGCUGCUCCAAAAUGCUACAAAGAAGGAAAGGAAGCAUUUAGAAUCUGGAUAUCAUAUGAUAAUGGAUGAGGAUAAAAUGGGAACACGUUUUAAAGUUUUAGCAAUGUUUCCAUCGAUCUUGAAAGAAUACUUCGAGAAACUCCCAGUAUCAGGCUUUCAUUAAAUGUAUAUAAUAUUCUAUUUAUAUUUAUGAAGUGAAGCUUUUGGAGCUUCAUUUAAUAAAGGGAGAUGAACAUUGA